CCAGAGGGUGUGGCCGGCCCACCCCGCCCCAAUUAAAGGGAGAAGGGCGAAGCGCGAAGCUUGGCGUGGGCGUCUGCUCGCUGGACGGAACGACGGAACACCGACGGGACAAACGCCUUGGAGUACCCUGGAGCCGCCGCCCCGACGCCAGGCAUCCUUGGCAGUGGAAAGACAGGACCUCCACGGUUCAAGAAGUCGCGGAGCGCGGAGCCGAGCAAGCCGAGCCGAAGCAAGCGGAGAGCCGAGCCGAGUCGUGGAUGUGGCGGUGGCAGGGAGCGGGGAGUGGCUGGGCUGGAACUCGCUGCGGUGGCUGAGGAGGUGGAGGCGGAGGCUGCAGCGGUAGCGGUGGUGGCAGCGGCAGCAGCUCCAAGCCCCUGGUCCCCCUGCUGGUGCUGCUUGCAGGGCUGUGUCUGCUGUGUGGCCUAGUGCGCCGUGCGCGACUUAGGCCCUCCCUCGCCUCGCGUCUCGCGAAUGUCGGUGCAGCAAAUGCCACAGUGCUAGGGCCCUCCAAGUCCCCUGUUCCACGGGUGUGUCUUCCGCCAGCGUCUCACCGCUCCCGCGCUGGAUUCCAGGAUGAAGGCACGCGGUUCGGGCUGACGCUCGUCUGAUGCGGCGGCGCCAGGCCGGCGCUGGCCCAUGGAGCUGCACUCGCACGCCCUGUCUCACUCGCACAGCACCCCCGCUGUGCACGCUCACGCGCACGCUCACGCGCGCGGCGGGCCGGGCCAAGGUCCGGGCCAAGGGCCGGGCGGGCCGCACGCCUACAGUGCCACGGCCGCGCACCCCGGGCACCCCGGGCACGCGCCGCGCCACGGCGGCAAGAUGCUCGCCGUCCGGGUGCUCAAGCUGGACGACGAGGUCACCAUCUUCCAGGUCCAGUCAAAGGCCCUGGGGAGGGUGCUCUUUGAGCAAGUAUGCAACCAACUUCAUCUGCUUGAAGCAGAUUACUUUGGACUGGAAUAUGAGGAUAUGAAUGGAUGCAAGUACUGGCUAGAUUUAGAAAAAGCAAUGACCAGACAAGUUGGUCUUUCCCUUGUGGAUCCUCACAUGAGGUUUUGUGUGAAAUUUUAUACUCCUGACCCUGCUCAGUUAGAAGAAGAAUUCACAAGAUACUUAUUCUGCCUUCAAAUAAAACGAGAUCUUGCCAAAGGGGACAUUCAGUGUAAUGACAACACAGCUGCUGUUUUAGCUUCAUACAUAGUUCAAGCCGAGUGUGGUGAUUUUGUGCAAGAGGACUAUCCUGACCACACCUAUUUGUCUUCGUACAAGUUUGUGCCUCAUCAAGAUUCAGAGCUGGAAAGAAGAAUCAUGGAAAAUCAUAGGAAACUAGUUGGCCAAUCACCUGCUGAAGCUGACCUUAAUCUUCUUGAAACUGCAAGAAGAUGCGAACUCUUUGGGAUGAAAAUGCAUCCAGCCAAAGACCAUGAAGGAGUGCCUCUUAACUUAGCUGUAGCUCACAUGGGCAUAGUCGUCUUCCAAAACUACACCAAAAUCAAUACAUUUUCAUGGGCCAAAAUCAGAAAAAUUAGUUUUAAGAGAAAACGCUUUCUUGUGAAGCUUCUUCCAGAGGGAUAUGGCUACUACAAGGAUACUGUUGAAUUUUUGUUUGAUGGUAGGAAUGAAUGUAAAAAUUUCUGGAAAAAAUGUGUUGAACAUCAUGGCUUUUUCCGAUGCUCCCAAGUCAAAACUGUUCCUCGUCAAAAGACAAGAGUUCUAAGCAGAGGAAGCUCAUUUCGAUACAGUGGGAAAACUCAGAAGCAAAUGGUUGAAUUUGUCAGAGAAAACUACAUCAAACGGCAAACCUUUCAAAGGGAUGAUGGGGCUGCCUCGACACCUGGUGAUGCGUGGUCGCAAUCGUUUCGCCACUCGAGUUCUGUUCAUUCUAGUGUGGCGAACGUGGGCGGCAGCAUUUCAGCUCACCCAUUGUUGCCUCUGGGUGAUAACGAAGUUGUGGGCACCCAGGCGUCGCUGUCCUGCGGCUCCAUGACGCUCAACUCGAUGAACGAGUCUGCGACGGACCCGGAGCACCGACGCCAGUACCACAACUACCCGAACACAGCGAGCGGCUCCACGCAGGCCAGCCAGCAGCGCUACCGCACUACCAGCCUCACUACUUCCAACACGCCCACGCACACCCCGGACGUGCAUGCGGACCUGGAGAUGGACACGUCCCCGGAGUGCGGGCCGUCGCUUACCUCCAGUCCGCAGCACUACUACCCCAGGGACGCCAGGGACCCCAGGGACCCCAGGGGCCGGGACGCUGCCAACAUGCAGGGCAUGCAGGCCGCCGACGAGGAGGACAGCCCGUUCCACCAGCAGCAGCAGCAGCGUGCAGCUAAAGAAACUUCCUUGCCAACUGCUCCACCAUUCCCAGUGCCAGAUUUGGAAGUGAAGAAAGAGAGCCCAAAACACAUAACAAAUGGGAAUUCAACUCUGGACAAUCAAAGUCCUCAAGAUAAUGCAUCAUCACCUCCAUUAAGCCCAAUCAAGCCCAUCAAAGAUGAUGUGGGAAAUGGUACAGUUGAAGUUGAAACCGAUGUUAAAAGAAAGAGGCACACCACUGACCGAGCGUAUUUCAUUGCCAAGGAGAUGCUCAUGACUGAACGAACCUACAAAAAGGAUUUGAGUGUUAUAAAUGUGUGGUUCAGGGAUGAAGUAGAGAAGGAAGAUAACAUGCCAACUGACGUUCUCAAUACUCUCUUUUCUCUCAUUGAUCCCAUUUAUGACCUUCAUUUGAGGAUCCUAAGGGAUGUAGAGCAAAGAGUAACCACCUGGGAGAAUUGUUUGGCUGUUCAGCAGCAGCAUCUGGGCUGUAUUCUUCUGAGCAACAUAGACUUAAUUCUGCAAUUGUAUGGAAGAUACCUUGAUGAACAUUAUUCUGUACUGGAAUGCCUUGAUCAUGCUUUUCGUCAGAAUCCACAGUUUGAACAAGUUUAUCGAGACUUUGAACUGCAGAAAGUUUGCUAUUUGCCUCUCACGGCCUUCAUCUUGAAACCACUCCAACGUCUACUGCACUAUGAAACUCUAUUAGAAAGGCUUAUCCGACAUUAUGGCACCCAGCAUUCUGACUACCAGGAUUGCCUAUCAGCAAAACAGCAACUGGGCACCAUAUUGCAAAGUGUACCUGAUCUCCUGAAAAGCUCUGAAAACCUCGUGCAGUUGUGUGAAUUACAAAGGGAAACUGUUGGGUUUGAUUCUCUCGUGCAGCCAAAUCGUGAGUUCUUGCGCCAGGGAUGUCUUCUGAAACAUUCUAGAAAGGGAUACCAGCAGAGAAUGUUUUUCCUUUUCUCUGAUGUUUUACUAUAUACAAACCGGCUUCAGUACCCAAGUUUGCACUUCAAAGUGCAUGGUUUGAUGCCAUUGCGUGGAGUAAUGGUGGAGGAAGCAGAGUAUAAAAUGGGUGCCAAUUAUUGCUUUACCAUAUACGGAGGCAACAGAGCAUUGACUGUUGCUGCUAGUAGUCAAGAAGAAAAGGACAAGUGGCUUGAGGACUUGCAAACAGCCAUAAACAAUGUCAGAGACCGAGGAGAAGAUAAGCUGCAGUACCUCAGCCUCAAGUCCUGCAAUUCGUUUGAUGAAAUAAUUGACAAAUGUGGAGAUAUGAACAUAGACCGUGAUAAAAUUGCCCCAUCUCCUCAGCGAAGUAAUACGACAGUCCAAGUUUGCUGGCACCGCAACACAAGCAUUAGCAUGAGCGAUCAAUUACGAGGGGUUGAGAAUCAACUAAGUGGAUUCUUGCUGCGUAAAUUUAAAAACAGCAAUGGUUGGCAGAAAUUAUGGGUUGUUUUUACAAGUUUUUGUCUGUUUUUCUACAAAUCUUUCCAAGAUGAUUCCCCACUGGCAAGUCUACCUCUUUUGGGGUACACAGUGAGUCCUCCAGCUGAGACAGAUGGUAUCUAUAAGGACUAUGUAUUCAAAUUGCAGUUCAAGAAUCAUGUGUAUUUCUUCAGAGCUGAAAGCAAGUACACUUUCAGUCGUUGGAUGGAAGUCAUCAGUAGUGCGACUCAGCAUUCUGGGAGAAUACGUCUGUUCAGCCGCAAGGACAGUGCUUUUGAAAGGUCUUGAUUGUUGCAUUGUUUCAAGAUGAAAUUUUUGGGUAUUGAUUUUAGGUUUGCCUGUGUUUGCGUGUGUGUGUUAUAAAAAUAAUCCUUGUGUAAUGUGUAUACUUAAAAGGUGUUACAAUAGGUGCUAAAAACGUUUUUCUAACUCAGUUUUUCUAAAAACAAAGGGGGGAAAGGCAGCUGUUAAGCCUUUUUUACUUGGUAAUUUUAAUUAUGCAUUUAUUGUUAUAGUCAAUGGGACCACCCUUCACCCUCAAUAUGCUUAUUAUCAGCACUUGUGCACUGUACACUCAUUCCGACACAAUUUGAAGCUUUUAAACUUUUUUCAUGUUGUUCAUUAAAUGGUUUGGAGAAUCAAAUUUAUCAUUGUUGACUGAUUACGACAAUAUAAUUUCUUUUACUACACUCAAAGAGUGUAUUCUUAUCUUUGUUCACAAAUUUCCUUCCAAGAUUUCUUCCACGAAGGGAUAUUACUUUAAGUAACUUUGCUUUAAUGGACAUUACUACUUGUUUUGUUCUUUAGCUAGUCGUUAGAGCAAUUUCUUUAUUUUGUAUUGUGAGGAGCAUUUCUCUAUGUCUAUAGCUGUAAGGGAAAAGAGAGGGCCUUCUUGAUGGGUUUGUUAAAAGACAAUACUGUAUUUAAGCUUUUGUUGUCGGAAACUAUAUGAUAUCCCUGAGGUUUUGGUAAGUGUUAUAAUAUUUCUAGUUAUUAUUUUUACAAAUUUUUUUGUUAUCAAUUGUUGCAUAAUGUUAUUGUGUGUUUUAUUGAAUCAUAUGUAGCUGUCAUAUUUUUUUAGUGAUGUUUCUACCGAAGUGACGUAUUCACAGCACUCUUGAGAAAAUGUAUUGAGGAGCCUGA